GCGGUUAAAUAUUGAUAGCAAUUAGUGACGAUCAUUGAUCGAACGACGAACAUUCGAUUUCCAGACUCCCAGUGAUUCGGUUAAAAUAAUUUUUUGGUGACUGGUGGAUGCCUCCACAAUAUUAAUUGUUUAUUAUUCCUAUUACAAUUUAUCAGUGAACUUAGUCGCAGAAACCUUAGAACGCGGCUGAAACCGACCAAAGUUCAUAUUUUCAGCCCAUUGAACAUUUGAACGGUAUGUCCACUAGUCUUAAAACCAUCGAUUUCGAGGUGUUCGGAUGCGUGCAGAAAGUUUUCUUUCGCAAAUGCACCCAGGAACAGGGUAAACAAUUGGGCUUACGGGGUUGGUGUCAAAACACGCCACAAGGCACAGUGAUUGGCACAAUACAAGGACCACCGGACAAAGUCGUAGAGAUGACUAAGUGGUUGCGAGAAGUUGGAAGUCCGGCCAGUCGUAUAGAUAAGGUGGAAUUGAAGAACGAAAACAGCAUUACUGAUUAUACAUACUUGGAUUUCGAUAUUGUUAGAAAGAAAAUAUAAUGUUUAGUAAUAUUUUUGAGUUUUGAUAUUUUGACCAUGGUGGAUACAAAAAUAAAUAUAUUUUUUAAGCUUUA